CCCUUUCAUGUUCCUAGAUAACCAACUCAAGUUGACAAACCCAACACAAAUGGGAACGGAUCCACCGAAAUAGAAGAACGGGGAAAAGCGUGACAUCAAAGACUUGAAUACCAACGGCCUCGACAUAGAGAGAGAGGGAGGAGGAGGAGGAGGAGAAAAUGUCGAGACGAAGAUUGCUUGUGUUGCUGAAGCCCGGGAACAUCUAUCAACCCAGGUGUUCGGAUGGCGUUUCUCGGGUUAGAAACCCUCAGGAUGAUUGGCGUUCUUUCUUAAUCGCGAAAGUUCCUUCUUUGGAUGAUUAGUGUUUUGUUCUCGGUCAACUGUAAUUGGAGAACUGGUGAGCAGAAAAAGAGAAAACCCAUGUGAAGAUGUUUCCCUUGAGUGCCUUGGUCUCACUCAAUAGACACUAAACUGGAGAUAUUGUCAGACCCUAUAUGCUCUUGGAGAAAUUGAUGAUGUGAAAAAAGAUUCUAGGUUACUUGGAGAGCAGGUGUAAGGUUCACAUGGAUGCAAUCAAAUUUUGUCAAGAUAUUUUGCGGCGAAAGGCGGUUGACUGGGAGCCUGUUUUGCGGAGUGAUCUAGUGCAACCUAUCCGCAAUGUGGACCUGGUUGUCACUAUUGGUGGUGAUGGCACUCUUUUGCAGGCAAGUCACUUCAUGGAUGACUCGAUUCCAGUUCUAGGAGUGAACUCUGAUCCCACACAAGUCAAGGAGGUGGAAGAGUUCAGUAAUGAGUUUGAUGCUACCAGGAGCACUGGCUAUCUCUGUGCAGCAACUGCUGAAAACUUUGAACAAGUGUUGGAUGACAUCCUCGAGGGUCACAUGGUUCCUUGUAAAUUAACAAGGAUAGCAAUACGUGUAAACAGUCAAUUGCUGUCAACCUAUGCUCUCAAUGACGUUCUUAUUGCACACCCAUGUCCAGCCACAGUUUCAUGGUUCUCAUUUAGAAUCAAAGGUGAUGGCCAGUUAUGCCACCCUCUUGUGAACUGUCGAUCAAGUGGGCUCAGAGUCUGCACUGCUGCUGGGUCUACAGCUGCAAUGCUCUCAGCAGGAGGAUUUACAAUGCCCAGUUCCAGUCGGGAACUCCAGUUUAUGGUAAGGGAACCCGUUUCACCUGGAGCAGCUAAGUCUAAGAUGCAUGGGUUUAUUAAAUCUGAUCAAUCCAUGGAUACGAACUGGUACAGUAAAGAAGGUAUGAUAUAUGUUGAUGGUUCUCAUAUGUCACAUUCUAUUCAACAUGGAGAUACCAUUGAAAUAUCGUUGAAGGCCCCAAUCUUGAAAGCUUUUUUGCCCUCCCACUUGAUAUCAGAGUAAGUUAAUUUAUGCCCAUUUGUGAAGCCAUAUUUUUCUAGCCAUAUGUUUCUAGGAAUAUCUUCAGAGGCUCCAAUCUUGAAAGUUUUUUGGCCCUCCCACUAUAUAUCAGAGUAAGCUAAUUAUGUCCAUUUGUCAAGCCAUAUGUUUCUAGAGAGAUAGUAAAAUCACGAGCAGUUUAGCAAGGAAAUUGUAAAUGCACAGUUGAAAUUUUGAUCUAGUGGCAUAUAUGCAAGGGUUGACUUUAUUUUUUUAUUGUUCAUUGUUACCAUAAUAUAUGGCAAAUUUAUGAAGUAUGGUAGAAAAGAA